UGAGUUCACUCGUGACUACAGGUUAACGACAAUUACACUAGUCAUGAAGCUGAUAAUUCUUGGUGUCGCGGUAGCCAUUUUGGCGACGUGCGAGGGAGUAACCUUCACUAGAUGUCAGUUAGUGCACCAACUGAGGAAACAUGGAUUUCCAGAAGCGAAAAUGAGGGAUUGGGUUUGUCUGGUAGAGAACGAGAGCAGCCGGACUACAAGUAAAGUGGGACCUGUGAACAGCAACAGAUCCCGCGACUACGGCCUGUUCCAGAUUAACGACAAGUACUGGUGCAGCAACACCAAAACACCUGGCAAAGACUGCAACGUCACUUGCGCUGAUCUUUUAACCGACGAUAUAACAAAAGCGGCAAGUUGUGCGAAGAAAAUCUUCCAACGGCACGGCUUCAACGCGUGGUACGGAUGGAAGAACCAUUGCCAGGGCGCUCUGCCUGACAUCUCCAAGUGUUAGAGAAUUAGAGAGAGAUCAUAUUCAAUAGAAAUAAGAACGUAUUA